UCAAGGCUUUGUCAUGCCACAUUCAAAUUAAAAAGCUUUGAAAAGUCGUAGGUGUGGAUGCCAGGAAAGGAAAGAAAGCAGAGCUUUCAGGGGACGCUAGGCAAGCGUCCAACACAGGGGAUGGAGUUUCAGAGCCUUUUCCAGCUUUAAAUGGAGAAGGGACCUGGCUGUUGAGGGAAAUGAUGCUGUCAGGCCGCCCGCUCUAUGGUGCUGGGGAUUUGGUGAGCAGGCUUUCUCCACAAGCCAAGGCCGACCACAGCCUGUGGGUCCCGCUCAGCCCGGCUGGGAAGGGACAACGGCAGGGCAAUGGCUGCUGCUGGAGACGAGCCCCUCUUCAAUUGGCUGAGGACAGUGGCCGGAUGGUGCAGCUGCCUGGCCGUCACCCCCAGGAGAGGCUUGAGGGACUUGGCAAUAUGGAUGCCAAGAGGCCGACGCACCUGGCUGGGGCUGUCACUCGACCCACAGUGAAAGGAAAGGAUAGGUCCUGCCAUGGAGUCGGUCGCACAAUGGAGGCUGGGGAUGGGCUGUACCUUAGAGCUGGUCCCAGGGCAGAGGCAGAGGAUGGGCCCUGUCAUCCAACUGGCCACACACCAGAGGCAUGUGUUGGGCCCUGUCAUGGAGUUGGUCCCACAACGGAGGCAGGGGGUGGGCCCUGUCAUGGAGUUGGUCCCACAGCAGAGGCUGGGGGUGGGCCCUGUGAUGGAGCUGGUCCCACAGCAGAGGCAGGGGGUGGGCCCUGUCAUGGAGUUGGUCACACAGUGGAGGCAGGGGUUGGGCCCUGUCAUGGAGUUGGUCCCACAGCAGAGGCAGGGGGUGGGCCCUGUCAUGGAGUUGGUCCCACAGCAGAGGCAGGGGGUGGGCCCGCUGAUGGAGUUGGUCACACAGUGGAGGCCGAGUGUAAGGCCUAUCAUGGGACUGGUCGCAGGCAGGGUGGGAGCUUUCAGGAUCAUGCACUAUGUGCUUGUAAAGAUGGUGCAUUUGAAGAACAGGCAGAGCCUCACAAACACCAAUGGAGGGACCAGAACAUCCAGGCUGUUGAAGGGACUGUUACCAAAGUGACUGGCCUAUCAGAAACCCAGGAGGGUACCAGGCUUGCAGGCCUGGUAAGUUUGGCAACAGGCACUGUGGAAGGCCAUGCCCAGCUGUGUGAUGCCACCCAGGCAGGGGAGAAGGUUGGUGCGAGUGACUGUGAGGAACACAAGGAAGCCGAGGAACAUGACGAUGAGUUUGGUAGUUUUGAGAAGGCGGGGAACCUGGUGCACUGGGCCGAAUUUCCAGGCCCUCUGGGACUGGAGUGUGAGAAUCUGCAUGAACAGAGCGGCACUACAGCUGGCUGGAGUCAGGAUUCAGGUCCUUCAAACAGGGCAACGGGAAGCUGGCAAAGCACCUGCCCACCCACCAGGGUCAUACCCAGUCAUGACCUUAGCUCCGAAGGUGGCUGGAGGGCCUUCCACGGUGAAGACAGGCAGACCCAGGAGAGCAGCUUUGAUGCUUUCCCCUUGAACAAGUGGGAGGUGCCACAGCGGGGAGCCGGAGGGAAGUGGUGGUUAACUGCCUUGGAACGUCACACGUUUCAGCCAACAUCAUCUUCAGAAUCGUCACUGGGCAGUGUUGGGCUGGAGCCUGUGUUCCGCUCCUGUUUUCCCACCAUCUCUUCCACUAGCUCGAUCGACCCGAUCCCGACCCUGGGGCAGCUGCUGGGUGCAGAGGAGGGGGGCGAAGGAUUCAUGAGCACACAGGCCCAUGGCCUCUGGGGUUUGCUGCAGAAUGUCGAUGAGGCUGUUGGGCUGAAAUAUAAAUGGUCCGAAUGCCAGAGUCGCAGACACCUCCUUGCGUCGCUGUGCGUAGAUCCUGCAACUAUGGAGACAUCCACAGGGCACGUAAGAACAUUGGGCUCUUCCCCUGAGUUCUCCAGAGAGGCAACGAUGGAGUUACAGCCUUCUCCUGUUACCUCAGACCAGGAUUACAAGGAGUUAAUGUUAAUUAAGAACUCUGCCCCUCAGCUCCAGAACGGCUUCAGCCCAACCCACCGUAUCCAGGCCUUCUUUUACCACUGGACACAGGCCGACAGAAAUGGGAAAAGCAAGACUUCAUACGACGUCAAUAAGAACUUCAUGGCCUAGCAGACCAGGGGCUGCAGCAUCAGCUCGGCCUACUUCUCCAUCAAGUCUUCUCGCACAGCCUUUAAUUGUUUCUCCGGAUCAUGUCUUUCAUUAUUUAAAGGGGCUGCUCUAUUUUGGGGAGGUGACCCCUGGAACGGGUGUGGGGGCUGGGUGGGGGAGUCAGGUGAGGGUGUAGAUAUCCAUACACGAAAUGGGUGGCACACACCAGAACCCAACUGAACUUGGUGUUUGCGGAGAGCUUGUGUGUAAAUUGAUAGCCGUGUUUCCGACAUUGCAACAGUGGCUACACAAAAGUACUUCAUUGGCUGUAAAGUGCUUUGAGGUGUCUUGAGGUUGUGAAAGGUGCUAUAUUAAUGCAAGUCUUUCUUUCUUGAAGGUAGAAUAGGGCAAGCAGAUGUUACCCUCCACUGUGGGUAAGCAGCCAAGAAGAAUAUUUUAACCCCUCCCCCUCCCCCAGCGAAGUCGGAGAUGAGUUGAGUUCCCAUCCUGCUCCCUGCAGCUCUAACUGUAACUGGGGAGAUGGUGGCAAAGUGGUCAUGUCACAUGACUACUAAUCUAAUUAACCCCUUAAUAUGUCUAGGGCAACAAGUUCAAAUCCCACCACAGCAGGUGGUGGAAUUUCAAUUCAAUGAAUUAAUCAAAAAAUCUGGAAUUAAAAGCCAGCCUCAGUAAUAAAACUAUCAGCCUUCACAAUGGGCAGGAUUUUUUGCUUGGAGCGUGGAAUAGCACGCGAUAUUUUAGUCGACGGGCUCGUUACUAAAGAGGCCUAUUUAAAGGCCAUUAACGUAGUAAAUGAGCUGGAUUUUUUACUGGCCGACCAAAUCGGCCAGGCAGCCUUUGGAUUUUUGAGGAAACCUCAUACAAGGGCAGGAUGAGGUGUCCAAAGUUAAUUUUUAAAAAUAAAAACGUUUGGGCAGAAUUUUUAUCAUCAGUAUGUUUAGGUGAGUGAUCCUUAUGGGUGGGAAUUUUUUUUCGGAAUUUCCUCACGUUUAUUUUUGGGUUGAAAAUUCUUCGGCUCCCUGAGGCGGCUCUCGUCUUCAGGGGGUUUUCAUUGCGCACUCCCCCUGCGCCGGCGCUGACUUCAGUGCUCGCUCUCCUCCCCCCGCCCCCCCCACAGCGCUGGGCUUUUCAGUGGGCCUUUCACGCCGGCUGGCCAUUAAUUGGCAUGAAAUCGCGGACGGGGGCCGAUCAUGGGCAGCAGCCUGUUUCCCAGCCGCUCCCAGACCCGCCCACUGCGCCUGCCCAAUGACCCGAAAAUCCUGCCCAGUGUUUACUAGUUUCACAUACAUGUAGGCAAAAAGCACUAGGGUAGAGAUGAGCGAAUGUCCACUGUCGUUCAUUAUUUCCUUUUCUGCCAGAGGCAAAUUAGUAUCACUCCACAGAAAGCCCUCACUGUGUGUGAAAUUGCACCUCCAUUUUGUAUGUAUUUCACCAUUUUGGACUGCAAGGAAGCAGAGCAUUUGUUUGUAGCCUCCGAGCUUUGUAACACUGCUCAGUGAGGCUCCCUCUUUCCCUCCCUGUUUGCUCCUGGAGAGUGUGCACAAUGAUUUUGGUCCUUAAUAUUCUGAAAUAUUUCCAAGUGACAUGGCACAGCCUCCCAAACUCAAUCAAAUUGGCCACUCUACAUGUGUGCAACGUACCUUCAUCAAAGAGGCAGCAUCAUUUAUUAAUGUGGAGCUCCUGGAUGCUGAAUGGGAGCCCCAAUAUCAGGAGGCCCCAGUCAGUCACUCACUCACACACAUAUUCUAAAAUACGCGCACUCACUCACAUUCAUGCACAACCAAAAAACAUACUAGCACUCACCCACGUUCACUCUUACACACACAAUCAAAA